AUGUCGCUUUCUUUCCAAUUUGAUCCCAUCUUGGGGGUUUGCGCCUGUCGCCAGAUUCGCUAUGAAUUUUCCAAACGACCCAUCUACGUGCACUGCUGCCACUGCCGAUACUGUCAACGCGAAACGGGCGCACCAUUCGCCCUGAACGCCAUGUACGAGGCCGAUUCGGUCAAACUCACCAAUCCCGACAUGAAACCCGAGAUCAUCUGCACCCCGACCGCGAGCGGCAACCCGCAGUCGAUCGCCCGUUGUCCAAGCUGCAAAGUCGCCGUUUGGAGCCACUACGGUUCACAUGGCGGUGAUCUGAUCAGUUUUGUGAGAAUCGGUACGUUGGACGAGCCGGAUCUAUUCCCGCCAGAUAUGCAUAUUUACACGGCGAGCCAGCAGCUGUGGGUGAAGCUGGGAGAUGAGGUGUUGGCGGUGGACAAGUUUUAUGAUCGAACGGAGUAUUGGCCGAAAGAGAAGUUGGAAAGGUUUGCGAAGGUGUCUGAGAAGGGUGAGAAGACAGAAUGAAGGAGUAUGUUGCUUGAGAUAUUUGUUACAAGGGCUUCGAUGUGAACUACGGAGAGCCGGUUACUCAGAGGAGGCCUUUUACCUCUGAGCUAUGUAUCGUUCAUCCAUUUGCGGUCUUGAAAAGAACAUGAUUCUACCCCAUUUGCUCAUCAACACCAGCUCAUGUCGUCGGAUAGUUUCAUAGUGUAAUAGGAUAAAAUGAUGAUUGAAACUGGUGAAUGGUGAGCUUAUCUCAAUGGUAAGAAACGCUGACUGCCGAAUUAUGGUAAAUUCUCUCACGAGUCGUCCUUGUCAAGGUUCGGGAGUCUCUUUGAGGACAGGGCCCAAUAUUGAAUAAAUAUCGUGAAAAUCGCCGAUUUUGGCCAUAAGAGGAUUCGAGUUUGUGGGGUGACGGCUAC